AUGUCGACCCCGACAAGACAAUUCCACAGGCUAUCUAUCGGACAGAAUAUGCCUGCCGAAUCCACCAGAGAAGCCCACACGCCGCUCCAUGACCCUCCCGACGAAGACGAGGAAGAUCCCAGCAACGAGGAAGAAGACGACUCCAGCGAGAGCGAGAUGGACAGUCAUGAAGACCCCAGCCCGUCAACCAUCACGUCACAAUCUCGGAUCACCUAUGAUUUGAGCAGUCUUGAUGCCGAGGCCAGAGCCAAUGCUCUGGUAGGCCUGAGCACUCAAUUCGAGGUCGUCGACUGCCGUGCUUCGCAUUCUGGGUAUGAUUUCCAGCUUCUAGAGCGUCCACAGAUCCACCUUGGUCAAAACCCACCUUCCUGCACGUGUCUGGCUUUUCAGUCAAACCCGCAGGUGGCCUGUCAGCACCUCUUUUGGAUUUUCGACCAGCUCCAUCUCUGCUUCGUCUCAACGCCUACCGCGGUCAAGGCGUCCCUCUCCCACGACGGCCAUCCGCGUGUGAACCAGCGCCUCGAGGAACUGCUCGCAGGCCAGCUGGAUGCCAUUGCAGACCGGCUGAAUUGGCAGUGUCUCCGGAUCGAGGGGGAUGGCAGCCACAGGGGCAUGACGAGAGCAGAAAAGGUCCGCGACAUUUUUUCUGCGUUUAGCAAGGUUUUCCCCGAGGACUUUCGCCAGGAUCUCACGGAGACAACCGAGAGACGCACGCCCGAGCAAUGCGUGGUCCAGGGGGAUCUGGAAGCGACCAUGUUCCGGCUUGCGGUCCACGACGACAGCGUCUUUAGCAGUCUCUGCAAGGCCAUGCCGUCCGGUGCCUGCGCGUCUAUCUACUUCGACAAAGUCCAGGAACAGACUCGGCGGCUACUAGCUGACUUCGAUCGAUACUGUAUGACCGGCAGGCGACCUGUUGAUCCUAGCCAUCCGGGUGGUGGGGCGGUGGAGGUGAACGAGGUGGUUGCACAGCUGCGCCGGAUAGUAUCGUCUAUCCAGGCGAACAUUACGACUCGGGCGCCCUAUGGCUCGGAGGGGGCAGCCAAGGUUCUUGUCUCGCUUCUCGAUGCCGUAGCGUCGCGCAACAAGGACCCUUUGGAGGGCAACCAAUGGGGUCGGACGUCUUUCCAUGGAGAAGACGAGGACCAGCGCAAUCUUUAUCAUCUCCUCAUCGGUUCGGAGGCCAUGGAUCUGAACGCAGAUGCAGAGCUCUUCGUCCUUGACGCCCUUGGAACUCUACAUCCCUCGUACCUUCAUCUGUACCGCAAAGAGUUGCGCUCUGCACAGAGCAAGAUCGAGGUGAAUCGCGCCCCGAGGACAUACCUUCUUCAUCUGGGCCAGCUCGUGCGAACCGCCGAGUCGAAUGCCGCCGGCCAGAUGGGAUCCGGCCAAAAGCGGCCAGCCGGCAAUGGAAACCCAGGCAGCGUUACGAAACGAAAUCGAUAG